AUGAAAACAAAGCAUAAGAAAAAUCAUUCAGUUACUAAUACCAUCACCAAAAUAGCGAAACCUGCGGUGUAUCUUACGCUCCUCUUGCUAACUUACACGUUAGGAUACUUAUCCCCAUCUACCUCUCCCGAUCUCGACUCGUUCCGAGUCAAAACUCAGUGCGCUAAUCCAAUCCCUCAGGAAAGCAUUCGCGAGACACUUAUCAACCGUUUCUUCAACGGAAUUUCCCCGUUUAUCAACUUUCCGCCACCGCAUGCAGCAGAAAAGCUUCGUCGAAGUAAGGAGAUCACAGGUUGGGGUUCAAACGCCCCCGUUUUUGAGAGACUCAUCCGUAAGGUAAAGCCUCAGAUCAUCGUUGAAGUUGGAACGUUCCUCGGUGCGUCGGCGGUUCACAUGGCUGAGUUAACUCAGCGAAUCGGUUUAAAAACUCAUAUUCUCUGUAUUGAUGAUUUUCGUGGUUGGGCCGGGUUUAGAGACGAUUUCAAAAACAUGGAAAUUUUAAACGGCGACGUUUUUCUUUAUUUUCAGUUUCUUCAGAAUGUUGUUACUUUUAACGGAACCGGGUCGAUUUUACCCGUACCGUUUUCAAGCGUUUCGGCGUUAACAAAGCUUUGUGAAUUGGGUGUUAGGCCUGAUUUGGUAGAGAUUGAUGCGGGUCAUGAUUUUUUAUCGGCCUGGUCUGAUAUCAAUUGGGGUUUUCGGAUCCUCCGACCCGGUGGGGUUAUUUUCGGACAUGAUUAUUUCAAUGGUGCCGAUAAUAGAGGAGUUAGAAGAGCGGUUAAAUUAUUUGCUAGGAUUCAUAAUUUUAAUGUAAAAAUUGAUGGAGGACAUUGGGUCAUAUACUCCACUCCGCUUAUGCAAUGA